AUGGCGUUCGGAGGCCCUCCAAGAGGCCGCGGCGGCGGUGGUCGAGGAGCACCUAGAGGCGGCGCAAGAGGCGGUUUCGGCGGCGGUGGUCGCGGCGGUGGCUUUGGCGGUGGAAGAGGCGCACCAAGAGGCGGUGCCAGAGGUGGCGGCCGAGGAGCACCCCGUGGUGGUCGAGGAGGACGCGGCGGUGGACGAGGUGGUGCAAAGCCCGGUAUCAAAGGCGGCGCCAAAGUCAUUAUUGAACCCCACCGACACCCCGGCGUCUUCGUCGCUCGCGGCGGCAAAGAAGAUCUCCUCGUGACCAAGAACCUCACCCCCGGCGAGUCCGUGUACGGCGAGAAGCGCAUCUCGGUCGACGCUGCACCUGCGCCAGCCACCAACGGCUCCGACGAGAGCCCAGCCGCCACAAAGACAGAAUACAGAGUAUGGAACCCCUUCCGCAGCAAGUUGGCCGCCGGUAUCCUCGGUGGUCUCGACGACAUCUAUAUCCGACCCGGCGCGAGCGUGCUCUACCUGGGUGCCGCCUCGGGAACAUCCGUCUCCCACGUCGCUGAUAUCGUGGGCCCCACGGGCAGAGUGUACGCCGUCGAAUUCUCGCACCGAAGCGGCCGUGAUCUCAUCACCAUGGCCACUCACCGAACAAACGUCAUCCCCAUCAUCGAAGACGCCAGACACCCCCUGCGCUACCGCAUGCUCGUCGGCAUGGUCGAUGUCGUCUUCGCCGAUGUGGCACAGCCCGACCAGGCGCGUAUUGUCGGCCUGAACGCCCACUUGUUCCUGAAGGUCGGUGGCGGUGUGCUUGUUAGUAUCAAGGCAAACUGCAUCGACUCGACGGCCAAGCCAGAGGUGGUGUUUGCUUCGGAAGUGAAGAAGAUGCGUGAGGAGAGAAUCAAGCCCAAGGAACAGCUUACGCUAGAACCCUUCGAGCGAGACCACUGUAUCGUGGCUGGUAUCUACCAGCAUAGCGCCCAGUAG